AUGUUGCUCAUGAGCGCUGUUGCACACCGCCCGAGUGAUAUCCAUCCCGCUGCAGCGAUGCACCCGAAUAUCCGGUUCCCAGAACGGGCAGGUCCUCCGGCGGGUCAGAGCGCGAAGAGGACCUACUUCAUCACCUUGGCAUUCCGGAUCUCCUCAUCGGGUUUGGCGAUCUUCACUGUUCGCUCAGCUUUCUUCAUGACCGCCAUCACUUCCAACAUCCAGAGUUUCAACUCUCCGGAUGUCUUUGAUUCGCAAGUCAAAAUGCGAGUGGCUGACGACAUGGCCCACACCUCCUGCUCAGGUCUCGACGGUGCUUCAGAUUCUAGGAGCAAUAAAGGCGCGGUCGAGGAGCCUGUUUUACCGGAACCAUCGCCAAAACGAAUUAAGAUUGGGUCUUCGCCAUGGAGGAGCAUGCUUCCUUCUCCUGUCGCAGUAUCUGGGGAUACCUGGGGUAAUAGUAGCGGGCCCAUCCGCGACUCGUGGUCGCAGACUCUAGACUCUUGGUUCAAUGAAGCACUUGAAGGACAAUCUUCUUCAGGCUCAAGUACUUCAGAUUCUCGAGCCACUUUCUCGGGAUCGACCUCGUCAGCUACCACGACUUCCGGCACUACCGCGAAUGAGGACUCUGCAUUUCCAAACACUUCCAAGGAAUGGGAAUACCUGCUCAGUACCACGCCUUCCGAUCCGUUCAACAUUUUCCCUUCCGCUCCCAAACCCCGCACAGAAGAACACGCAGCGUCUGCUCUGUCAACAGAUAACCCUCCGCUCUCCAACAGCCCGCCCCAAAUCGAAAGCUCGGCCAGUUCGGGAGCAAGCGUAGUUAAGCUUCCCGAUAUCCGUACUUUCCAGUUCCCAAUCUCAUUUCGAGCCCGUGCGCCUGCCUUGGUGCUCGACCCCAGGAACUUCGUCUCCCCGUCCGAACUUGCACCAGCCCUACCUGAAGGGAAUUUAGGUUGUGAUCAACCACGCCCACCCCUACACUACAAUGCUCCGAACAUCCUAUCCAACCCAUCGCCUUCGACAGCGGUUACGCGACAAACUGUAUUUUCUGCUCCGACCCGGGGCUUAACAGGGUGGAGACCGCUGGACAAUUCGGAUAGCCUGGUGCUAGACGUUAUCCCGAGAGGCGCCAAGUUCUUCAACACGUCGACACUUUCAUCUCUCCCCCCUCUUCAGCCUCCUUGCCCCCGCCCAUCCGGAGGCAGGGCGUCGGCUGCCAAGGCUGAACCCUCUGCUGCUCCAACUGUGACUACUAGACGGACUCGUCGUAAGAACCCGCCUAUUGUCGCGGCACCGACAGCUGACCCCUCCCAUUCCGACGACAUGGAGGACGAAGAUUCGGAUGGCUACCUCCCUUCGAGCUCGCCGUUUGGCUCCCGUCACAACUCUCCUAUUUCAAAGCGUCCUCCGUCAAUCGGUCUCAGCGACGAUGUCAUGGAGCUCGGACCUCGACCACGUCGCGGAAAGGGCAAAGCGAAGGGCAGCGCUGCCUUGGCUCUCGCGGUCGUUACACAGAUUAGCAGGCUCAAGCAAACCGUCGAGAAUGGGUUGAGCGAACCAGUCGAUGGCAUCACUGACUUGGACCUGGAUCCUGACUCAGUUGCGAUCCGGCCUGGUCGCAAGAGGAAGAACAACCCUAUCCCCUUACCUGUCCCUGUCCCCCACCUUAUCAAGAAGAGUCGCGGAAGGAAGGUUCCCCACGCUCGCGAACUAUCUUCGGAUUGUGGCGAGUCCCUCGAGGAGCUGCUCGACGACGAACCCGAGGCCUCCAGCACCACCAGCCGCACUCGAAAGGCUGCAACACCCUACUCUCUCGGAGAAGGAGGCAAGCGGACAUACAUGUGCGAAGUUACUGGCUGUGGUAAAUGCUUCGUGCGAGGGGAGCACCUCAAGCGCCACGUCCGAAGCAUCCACACCUACGAUAAACGUACGUUUUGA